GGAUGGCAUGAGGGUGAGUAAAUGAUGAGAGAAUUUUAAUUUUUGGGUGAACUAUUCCUUUAAGAAAGCAAGUACGUAAAUGCGAAUAGCUAAUGACAAUUUACCAUCAAAUCACACAGAACUGAUCGUGGCAACAGGAUAAAGGACUCCUUCACCUGCUGCACAUUUUAUUUACUUUACAAGAUUUAUUUUUUCCAUAGGAGAGGUCUAGACAGCUCUCUGCUCAGGUCUCUGCUCAGUUUGUGGAGAUGCACCAAUUCCUCAGCAAAAAGGAGGAGGAAGUGAAGAAAAUGUUGGAGAAAGAAGAGAAGGAUAUGGUGGAAAGGAUGAAGAGAAACAGAACAGAAAUAGAGGAGAAGCUGAAUGAUGAAAGAGAGAAGGAAGGAAUUCUACAUUCAGUUCUUGAGACUGAUCAACCAGACGGGUUUCUGCAGUGGUGGACUGAUAAAGGGCUGGAAUUUCUCGAGGAGAUGAAAGACAAUGAAAGCUGCAGUGAAAAUAAUGAAAAUGCUUCUCAAACAAUACAGUUCAAAUCGAAGGUUAAAGAUUUGAAUGUGACUCCUAAUUCUCUGUUCCUUGGCCUUCAUGAGACUCACUUGCAGUUUGUUGUGUGGAAAGAGAUGCUGGGCUCGAUCAAACCAGUCCCUGAUCGUAAUGUUAUAUAUGACUGUCACGACCCAUACCUAAGGGUCUCCUCUGAUGGACGCAGUGUCAUUCGCACAUCCAAAAAGGGGAUUUUUUUGCACCAUAAACUCUACAGGCCUCUGGCCAGGACCCACAAGACCUUCCAGUCGGGACAGCACUAUUGGGAGGUGGAUGUAGGAACAAAAGUAGACUGGAGUGUGGGCUUUGAUGGUGGGUGUAUCAGCAACUUAAACAAGGACAUUGGACUGCACCUUAAGCAUGACCAAGGCUACUACAUCAAAGAGUAUGAAACAGUGAAAGAAAUAGAUCUGACAGUGAAACCUCGAAGGAUUGGGCUAUACCUGGACUGCGACAGGUGUCAAGUGUGCUUCUAUAAUGCAGAUGACAUGACUCUACUGCACACCACCACAUACACUUCCUCCAUACCUUACACUCUUAGUCUCUCUCCAGGAGCUUAUCUGGCAGAGAAGAAUGCUGAUCCAUUAACAGUAUGCUGGAAUUGAUCAGUCUGAAGGAUUAAGCACUUAAUUAAAGGAAUAUUCCGGGUUCAAUACAAGUUAAGCUUAAUCAACAGCAUUUGUGGCAUAAUAUUGAUUACCACAAAAAAAAAAUUUUUUUUUGACUUGUCCGUCCUUUUCUUUAAAAAAAAAAAAGCGAAAAUCUGGGUUACAGUGAGGCAUUUACAAUAGAAGUCAAUGGUGCCAAUCCGUAAACUAAAAUACUCAGUUUCAAAAAGUAUAGAUACAGGAUGUAAACAAUAUGUGUUAACAUGUUUUUUGUGUGAUAAAAUUGCUUACUAACCUUUACUGUGUAAAGUUAUAGCCAAUUUUACAACUUGUUGCCAUGACGAUGUAAUGUCACCAAACCCUAAAAUGACUGUAAAAAUUACAAUUUAAUCAACUUUAAUAAUAAAUGAGUUUUAACAGAAGAAUUAAGUGCUUAUAAAAAAUUAUAAGCUUCACAUUUCUGCCUUUAAACCCUUUAAAAAUUGGCCCCAUUCACUUCCAUUGUAAGUGCCUCACUAUAACCUUGAUUUUUCCUUUUUUUUAACAAAAAGGAGGGAUGAGUCGAAAUUAUAUUUUGUGGAAAUCAAUAUUAUCCCGGAAUAUUACUUUAACUUGACCUAAUAACGAAGAGUAACUGAUUCAUUCAUAGUGACUGAAGUGAGUUAAAAACUGAUGUAUACUUAUCUUCUGGUUUCCUUGAAGGAGAAUAAAAUUCUGCAAGAUGAGUCUCCAUUAAUCACUUUUUGGUGGUUUAUUUUUCUCAACAUUUGUGAUGGAUACCAUGAAAACUCAUGGCAUCCUGAUUACUGAUUAACAAACAUAAUUACUGUAUAAAGGACAACAGGAAUGACCUUUUUUCUUCCUAUUAGACAACAUAUUAGAAAACUCAUUAGUUCACUUGUGUAUUUUGGUUAAUGAGAUUUCAAAGUGACUGGGUGCUGUUAUUAUAUAUAUAUAUA